CAACAGGUCCCGUCCUGCUUUGCGUCAAAGCGAAAAUUUAAAAAAAAAAAAAGAAAAAGGGCGACGCGAGAGUGUCCCCCUUACCGUUUCGGCCCCUCGCGGUGGAAGCGAAGUCGGGUGUCGCCGUCGUCGUCGUCGCUGGACGUUGCUUCGUCGUCGCGAGAAAGUGAGGAUUCGACUUGUGACUCUCGGAUUGUGAGCAGGACUCGAGAUCGACGGAAGUGACGAUCCUUGGUGUGGUUGGUGCUGCUGGUGACCGAGAAAGAGAGAGAGAGAAACGGGAAGAGAUCCUUCCUGGAAACGGGAACAGCUAGAUGGCAGUCAGCACUAUCAACAUGGCACCCUACUUUACUGGCUAUCCCUUUCAAGGACAGGGUCGCGUGAACCAACUGGGCGGUGUGUUCAUCAACGGCCGUCCAUUACCGAACCAUAUCCGUUUGAAGAUCGUCGAGAUGGCAGCGGCCGGCGUCAGGCCGUGCGUCAUAUCGAGGCAGCUCAGGGUCUCGCACGGCUGCGUCUCGAAGAUCCUGAAUCGAUAUCAGGAAACAGGAUCGAUCAGGCCCGGCGUAAUCGGCGGUAGCAAGCCGCGGGUUGCCACGCCGGAAGUCGAGGCGAGGAUCGAGGAUCUCAGGCGGCAGAACCCUGGAAUCUUCAGCUGGGAGAUACGCGAGAAAUUGAUAAAGCAGGAUGGAGUCUGUGACAAAGCCUCGGCACCUUCCGUGUCAAGUAUCACCAGACUUCUUCGCGGACCAGCCAACCAGACGCGUCCCGGCGAUGAUCUGCGCAGAAAUCACUCUAUCGAUGGCAUUCUUGGUGGAAGUAGCGGCGAUGAUUCCGACACGGAAAGCGAACCUGGCAUUGCGCUGAAGAGGAAACAACGCAGAAGCAGGACCACCUUUACUGGCGAACAACUGGAGCAGCUGGAAGCGGCUUUUCAUCGGACGCAGUAUCCUGAUGUGUACACCAGAGAGGAACUCGCACAAAAAACGAAGUUAACGGAAGCGCGAGUACAGGUCUGGUUCAGCAACAGGCGCGCCAGGCUUCGCAAACAGCUCAACAGCCAACAACUGAACGCCUUCAACAUGAGUCUACCCUUCCAGGCCCAACACUACGGCAACGGUGCUGAGAGCUAUCAGGGCUACGGGCAGGCGAGUGUUGCUGCUGCCGCAGCAACCACCGCCAGCUAUUCUCAGCAUUACAACUACGGGGAAAACUAUUACGCACAGCAGCAAUGGCCGCGGGCGACUCCGGACAAUUACGGAUUGUUCAACCCCUCCCAUUACGGCAGCAGCAACCUUGCCUCCAAUCUCAAUCUGGGCAGUCUGGGGGGCAGCGUCAGCCCGACCGGGUCCAACAUGAGCGCCUGCAUGGUGCAAGGUGGUGCAUCCUCUUCCGGGGUGCCAGUCUCGACGGGGAUGGCGCCCCACGUGACUCCGCACAGCCCCAGCGAGGCGAAGAGCGGAUAUCCGUACUUGGGCAACAUCGAUUCUCAGGUUUGCGGAAGAGUUCACUGAAUUUAACCACGAGAAACGAUCGCACGUCAAUUACACGCAAUUACAGGGGUUUAAAAAAAAAUCGUUACUGUUAUUUAUUUUGUUUUUUUGAGACUGGAUUUGAAUUGGUAAAAAUAUUUGCGCGCGUCUUGUAAAGAUUUCUGGUCGAAGUGUACUCUAUAAGAAUACACUUCUCUUAGCUUUUAUUGUUAAAUAACUUGUGUUAUGUUGUACGUUGUUACUUUUAUCAGAAACUAAGGAGAUGUUCUUUCGCAAUAUCGCAAUAUCAUUUCUGGAAUGGCUUCCGAUUAAAGUAGAUGUAAAAUGUGUUAUAUAGUCUUUGAAAUUUGGAGAGAUUUUCUUUUUAUUUAUGUAAUAUCAGUAAUUUAUGGCAUAAGACGCAAAACGAUUGUAAAUAUAUCUUAACCGCUUUAUAAAUAAUACGCGGAUACGCGUAAGCCUUUCCACGGCGAAGCUACUGCAUAUUUAUGAUAGAGUUAAACUCACGUUUAAGUCGUACGCGUAGACGUAGGUAGACCGACUUCCGAGAAGUGUCGUAAUUACGAAGAUUUAUUUGUUAGAGUGAUUAGCACUUGGCAGUUGUACAACAAUGAUGCCUCGGAUACUUUACCGCCUUAGAAUUGCCUUAUUAUAGUAAUAAUAUAAUGCAAAUGUCUCUAUAUAUAUAUUCACGUAUGACUCGCGUAUAUUUUAUGGAUAUAAAGCUGUAUAUAUUUAUGAUCGUAUUAAAUGGUAAGAAAGUUACUGAUAAAAAUAUUCUUAUCACAAUCGACGUUGUAACAUACCUUAUUCCCACAAGUUAUCCAAUUGGCCAGUUCAAUUAUUGUAUAUACAUCGCACAUAACGUGUCGACACGACCAGUUAUACCCGAUUUGUAUAAUGCAA